AUGAGCUCUCCCAACCGACUGCGUUGCUCUCGCUGCGACUCCCGCUUCCGUUCUCGCUCCUCACUUCGCCGACAUGAACGCAAGCACGACGCUGGUGCUUCCUCCCACGAAUGCCACAUUUGCGAUCGAACUUUUUAUCGCAAAGAUCACUUUCGCUAUCACUUGGUUUCGGCCCACAACAUUGGCGAGCGCCUGGCCUGUCAAUCUUGUGACAAGUGGUUUGCCACUCGCAGCUCGCUCAAGCGUCAUAUGGACGCGAUGCAUCCCACUGAGGUCAUGGUCUGGCCGCCUCGCAUCCUGCCUGGCUCUGAAUCAGCCGCGAUUCCGGCCCAGACCGAGAGUGCGACCCACCAUAUGGCCUCCUCGCCGGCCCCCACCAUCAACGCCAUCUCCAGCUCGGACGACAGCUGCCACAGCUUUGACGCUCACGAGCUCACCCCAAGCCAUGAAAACACCCACCCCGCCGCCCUUCUCGAUUCAGUCCCCGAGUCGGCCCUCUCAACGGCGACCGUGGCCAAUGCCAACCGCUGGCUGCUCAACGAUGACAUGGACAUUGAUUUUGCUGCCAACGAUAUGACCUCGGACGACAUUUGCUCCAUCCUCAAUCGCCUUCCCGAGUCGGCACUGCCUCCGGUUGCUCCUGCCACACUCAGCAACGACGGUCAACUCGAACCAUCUCCACUGGCAGCCCCAUCCCUCACGCCCCACGCCCUGGUGUUUAGCACCACCCAAGAAACGACAAACACCACCCUGCUGGAUGUCCCCAACGUCAUCGCCUUUGGCUCACCGGCUAGCAGCCAUGGCUCGGCCACACCAGCCACCGAUGGUAUGGCCCAGAUUGAGGCCCCCACUGCGAUCUUGCAGCAGAAUGACGAGAUGAUUCGCUCAUGGCUCGACCAGACCUGCUGCGACUUUCCUGAAUUGGUGGCCCUGGCCCAGCAAGCCCCGAUCUGCCCAACCGAGAACGAUGACGCGAUUGAUCACAAGCUGCGAAACAUUCUCAUCCAGUCCUUUACCCUUUUGAAGAACCGUGAGGCAUUGCGCGCCCACCAACCCCCCUCGACCAACCCUCAUCUCCAAACGGCCUGCUGA